AACAGUUUUGACAGAAAAUAGCAAGCAUUAAGUAGAAUGGCCGUUUUAUAUAAGGGAACCUUGUGUGAUUUUCACUGAAAUAUACUUCUCUCAUUUUGUCUUCUAAUCCUCAAUCACGAAGUUGUUGGUGUUUACUGAGUGCCAUGCGAGUCUAUAAUCUUAAAUUAAUUUAUUUGUGCAGAACGGCUUUUUUAACAACACCUUAUACGCACGUAACUUAUUUUUCCUCCUUUUCACUGCUUCUCUCUCCAGUCCAGCGGGUAGCGCCAAAACACACACUUUGUUUUGCUAAACACCAUUAAACCUCGGAAGAAGAAGAUUUGUUUCACCGUGCUCUCUGUUGUUUUGUCGGGAAACAGUUCUAGAUAGUUGUUUCUGUAAAUAGAAAAAUAAAGUUUUUGAAUCAGAUCAGUAAAUACCUGUAAUAUCCACAUCCUCACAGUUCUAAUUCAUUUUUAAAGCAAGCAAGAAUAUCUUGAGUAUCUGAACCCAGAUCUGCUGCUGUGAAGAUGUUGUUUAUUAAAGAAGAGAGUGAAGAGAACACGAGUGAACCAGAAACCUGGAGAAUAAAACAUGAAGAACCAGAAACCUGCAGAAUAAAACAUGAAGAACCAGAAACCUGGAGAAUAAAACACGAGGAACCAGAAGCUUGGAGAAUAAAGCAAGAGGAACAAGGAGGCCUGAUGAAAGUGAAAGUGGAAAAUCAAGAUCUGAAUGAAGUGGAGGAGAAACAUCAGGAUCAGAAAGAUCAUGGUGUCACUGGAGAAAAAUCUGUGAGUUGUAGCGUUCAAAUAACAGACGUCAAAAGGCCUUUCAGCUGCUCUCGGUGUGGAAACACUUACAUACAUAAAAGAAGCCUUAUGAAACACAUGAGAAGUCAUAGUGAGGAAGAGCCUUCCAGCUGCUCUCAGUGUGGAAAGAGUUUCACAUGUAACAGAAGCCUUGAGGAUCACAUGUUAAUUCAUACUGGAAUAAAGCCUUUCUCCUGCUCUCAGUCUGCAAACACUUUCAAACAGAAAGAAAGCCUUAUGAAACAGAUGAAAAUCCAUAGUCGGGAAAAGCCUUUCAGUUGCUCUCAGUGUGGGAAAACGUUCACGUGUAACAAAAAUCUUAAGGAUCACAUGUUAAUUCAUGCUGGAAUAAAGCCUUUCUCCUGCUCUCAGUGUGGAAAGAGUUUUACACAGAAAAUACACCUUCAGAAUCAUCUGGUAACUCACACUUUAGAAAAGCCUUUCAUCUGCUCUCAGUGUGGAAACACUUUCACACGUAAAGCAAACCUUAAGAAACACAUGUUAAUUCAUACUGGGAUAAAGCCUUUCUCCUGCUCUCAGUGUGGAAAGAGUUUUACACAGAAAGGACACCUUUAUCAUCAUUUGGUAACUCACUCUUCAGAAAAGCCUUUUACCUGCUCUGAGUGUGGAAAGUCUUUCACACGUAAAGGAUACCUUGAGACUCACAUGUCAUUUCACACUGGAAGUAAACCUUUCACCUGCUCUGAGUGUGGAAAGAGUUUCAUAUGUAAAGGAAUCCUGAGGAAUCACAUGAUAAUUCAUGCUGGAAUAAAGCCUUUCAGCUGCUCUCAGUGCGGAAAGAGUUUUACACAGAAAGGACACCUUAAGGUUCACACUGCCAAUACACAUUUAUCUGCAAAGAACACGUAAAAUGAAAUUUUGCAUCUGAUAACAUAAACUUGUGCGCUGUGUAGUGAUGGAUAUUGUUACGUUUUUAAAGGUAUUACAGCUCUAACUGAUACUUCUGAUUCUUAUUGGUUCUUUUGACAUUUGAAAAGAAAAACAAAUCAGACAUUUUAAAGAAAUUAAGAACACAUUCAGAACAUUGCUGACAUUUUAUAGUUUCUCAGUCCCUUUGGCCCAAAUACAAAAAUGCAUUUAUUGUUCACACCAGAUUUGAAAUUCUUAAUCAUUUAAACAAACUGCAGAUGUUUUGGCAUGUGUGCCAAAGGAUAAGUAUUGUCUACAAUUUGUGCAAUAACUAAAUGAACUAAAUAACUUCUGAGACAAAUUAUUUAUACAUUUUUCAUCAUGUGUGGCUUCACAUACAAAAUGAUCCCAAAUCUGUAAAAUGUACUUAUAUACACAAAUAUCUACCAAUGUCCAACAAGAUGUAAACUUGUAGCAUUAGUAUUUUUUUUUUUUUUUUUGCCUCUAUCUCUCUGAGGGAUGGCAUUUUGAGGCAGGUUUAUUUUUCCCACUGUUUCUUUAUGAAAGAAAUGUGUAAAAAAUAUACAUGCGAAUGUUAAUUUUCUGUUUACAUGCAACACACUACUACACG